AUGGACCCCAAUACAUCUCUAGAUGAUAUUGCCCCGAUUGCUAUUCUCAUGGAUGAGCUCCGGUCGGAGGACGUCCAACUGCGCCUGAAUGCCAUCCACCGCAUUUCGACCAUUGCACUCGCGUUGGGUCCUGACCGCGCGCGCGAUGAACUGAUACCCUUUUUGCAAGACUCGGUCGACGACGAAGACGAGGUUCUCCUCGCUCUUGCGGAGGAACUGGGGCGGACUUUCGAGGAGUACAUCGGGGGCCCUGAGCAUGCGCAUGUGUUGUUGGGUCCGUUGGAGAACCUGUCUGCGGUCGAGGAGACCUUAGUUCGGGACAAGGCAGCAGAGUCCAUCACCAAGGUUGCAGCCAUCCUCAGCCAGCAACAGAUCGAACAAUAUUACAUUCCCCUCGUACAACGACUAUCGCGAGGAGAAUGGUUCACGUCCCGCACCUCGGCUUGCGCACUCUAUGCCCCCGUCUACGACAAGGUUCCUGUUUCCAUCCAAGACGACCUUCGCCGCGCGUUCGCAUCUCUCGCCGCAGAUGACACCCCCAUGGUCCGUCGUGCGGCAGCAAAAUGGCUCGCUCCCCUGGCGAAGAAGUACUCGAAGGCGCAGGUUCUCAGCGACGGUCUCGCGAUGUACCGGAAGCUGCAAGCAGACGACCAGGACUCGGUCCGACUCCUCACCGUCGAGGACCUGAUCGCGAUCGCACAGCAGCUGUCCCCGGCGGAGGUCAAGGAACAGCUCCUGAAGCAGAUCCGGCAGACGAUGACGGACAAGAGCUGGCGCGUGCGAUACAUGGCUGCGAGCCACUUCAACGAGCUUGCGGAGGUGGUCGGGCAGGAGCUUGUCCGAGAGGAGCUCAUCGGGCACUUCGUCCAGCUGCUCAAGGACAACGAGGCGGAGGUGCGCACGGCGGCCGCGGGGCAGGUCCCAGGGUUCUCCAAGCUGCUCGAGAAGGAGGUCGUGCUCGCUCGCAUCGUACCUUGCGUGCGCGACCUGUGCCAGGAUUUGUCCCAGCAUGUGCGCGCCGCUCUCGCCAACCAGAUCAGUGGGCUCGCGCCGCUCCUGGGCAAAGAUGCGACCAUCGAGCAUCUGCUGCCUCUAUUCCUUCAUGUGCUCAAAGAUGAGUUCCCAGAGGUGCGGCUCAACAUCAUCUCGAAGCUGGAACAAGUCAACUCCGAGAUUGGCAUCGAACUUCUGUCGGACAGUCUGCUCCCUGCGAUUGUCGAGUUGGCAGAAGACAAGUCAUGGCGCGUGCGCCAAGCGAUCAUCGAGUACAUCCCGCUGCUCGCGACGCAGCUCGGCAAGCCGUUCUUCGACGAGUCGCUCGGGAAUCUGUGUAUGUCGUGGCUCGGAGAUAACGUCUACAGCAUCCGGGAGGCGGCGGCGGUCAAUCUCAAGAAGCUCACGGAGGUGUUUGGGGUGGAAUGGUCGAAGGAGCAAAUUGUCCCGAAGGUGGUCGGGAUGGGCCAGCAUCCCAACUACCUCUACAGGAUGACGACCGUGCAAGCGAUCAUGACGAUCGCACCCUCGUUGACGCUCGAGGUCGUGCAGGAGACCGUCCUGGACACUUUGGUGCAGCUCGCGAGCGACCCGAUCCCGAACAUCCGCUUCAACGUUGCCAAAGCACUGGAGAGCGUGGCGACCGCGUUUGGGGACACGCCGGAGGGCUCGCAGCUGGUGCAGCAAAAGGUGGCCCCGGUGCUGGAGGCCCUCAAGAACGAUACGGACGCGGAUGUGCGGUUCUUCGCGUCGCGAGCGCUCGGCAAGGCACAUGCGCUAGAAGCCUGA